GUGCAGUGUGGGUGUGUUCUCUUUCUGCACUUCUUGCAUGCCUCUCACUGCCUUCUGUUGGGAUUGUAGAGAAGCUGUGAAGUAGAGGAGCUGCGAAACAACAGGUGCUGGUCCAUCAUGGCCCCCAAACUGAGUGUGCUGCUGCUAAUACUGUCCGUUGUCACGGUAACGGUUCUGGCCCAGAGGCGACGGACAUCGUCGUCGUCGACAACCACUAACACUGACGAGUGGAACUACAGGGAUGGCUCUGAGAAGGUGAACAUGCGUGGCGUGGCCAACCUGACUCAGAUCCUAGACAACUGGAGGUUCGACAUCCUGAGCCAGAUGAAAGGACUUCUGCAGAACGACCACCAGUCUCUCCUGCCCGACUACGCUAGGAUCCAGCCGCUGUCUGAGGCUUUAGAUGAUCUCUACAAGGAGUUCAACGCCCUCAAAGCUCACCUGGGUGACCUGACCGACAAGUUCUCCGCCAUAGAAACCUUCAUCGAUGAGGUCAAGGCAGACCGCGCCAACAACGCCAACGCUGGCGCUGCCUCUGGCCCUGCCUCUGGCCCUGCCCCUGGCCCGGCCCCGGCCCUUGUCCCCAGACAGGCUGGGAGGAGGGUGCUGAAGAAGAAAGCCUCUUCCUAAACAGCCAAUGAUAUGCUUCUUCUAUCCUGAUGUCUCUGUUUGUCUUAUCUGGCUUAAGCUAAUCCUCCUAUACUUUCAUCACGUUGUAUACAAUUCUUAGGCCAAGGCACUCCCAAUUUAUAACGCCAAUAUCUAAAAUUAAAAUAUACAAUACAGUACAAGAUUAAACAUCUAAAAUAUAUAUACAUAAAUAAACAGUACAAUACGCAUCUUAUAUUACAUGUAAAAGAGCAAUUCAGCACUGUUUAAUAUAUACCAAGAUCAUUUUUCAAAAUAAAUAUUGUUUUCCUGUUAUGUUUUUACAUUUCCUGUGACACGGUGGUAUAACAUGCAAAUUGGUUUAGAAAUCUGCACACGUGCUGUGUCUAAAAUCACUCACUUGACUCAUUCAGCCCUCCCUAUAGUAUAUGUGCAGUAAAUUGAUAUUUUUUAAAGCAUUUUGGAUGCGUCGCAUUGUGGGAUUGUUAGUAGAAAGUGGUCCAUGCUAUGGACACAUUGUAGAAUUCAAAUAAAAUGGCCAAGGGUAAAUAAAGUGGACGAUGUAAUAAUAAAAAGCUAGGGGUUUUGAACACAGCUACUAUUUCCAGUUUCCUCAUCAAGUAAUAUAUCUGUUGUUAAAAUUAAAAAAAGAAAAUCCAGGGAUUUGAUUUGCAAGAUUGCCUGUUUGUUGUUGUUUAAGUGCCUGCCGACUUUAACUAUACAUGCUGAGGGAUAUCUUCAAACUUGCAGCACAGCACAGCUGAGCUGGUUAGAAAGAACUUGUUCUGUUUGUUCUGAAUGCUUUUAGGACAAAUAUGCUUGUUGGUUUGGGUUUUCUGCUAAAUAUUUCAUAUUUACCCAUGAGCUACAAAUAAACACAUUUCUGGCAUUCA